AUGCCUCCAAUCCGCACCAUGCCGGCUAUCAAGCCAGUCAGGACCGAGAGGACCCACGAGGAGAACCAGGAGAGAGCAUACAUUGCUGCCUCGCGACGAAGCGACCGAAGCUUGGAAGCCCGCGUAGAGUCGGCUCGCCGAGCCUCGGAGAUUCACAAGAAGCGCACGGGCCGCUCAUUGAGAGUCCGCGAGGAGGACGUCCUCAAUGAGGAGAUGUACGAAGAGGAAGACGACGACCUUCCCAUGCAGUUCCGCCGCAUCAACGCCCUCUACCCUGGACAGGCCUACAAUGCCUUCACCGAGCGUGUUAACAACUACCUCGCCGGCCAGGUCGGUGUUCGAAACUACCUCCAUCAGGCCAUCUACCAAGCCAAUCAGCAUGCCAUGAACAACCAGUUCCUGAACCCAGCGAUGCAGCAGAAUGCUAUGAAUGGCGGUCAGCAGCAAUGGCAGCCUAACAUGCAGAACGAUGGCACCCGCGCCGACUCUCCCCAAGAUCAGACCCAGCAGGCCGCCAACACACAGAUGCAGAACAAUGCUCAACGCAUGUCGCUGUCAAUGCCAGCACCAAAGUCGCGGUCCUCAUCAGGACAGUCGCCGACCACGCAGAAGGCUUCGCCCACUUCGAGCCGCCCAUCAAUCGACAACAGCAAUCCUCUCACCACCACACUGCCGAUUGAGACCCAGCAGCUGCUCGACGGCUCGUCCUACGCGAACCAGGUCUACCCGUCUCAGUUCACACCUGGUGUUCCGAUGCCAUCGACUUACUCCUACACAUACAACCCGAACAGCAAGGCGAACAACAACCCAGGCAGCGAGCAAUUCGCAUUCACGAACAAGGGCCUCAAUCAGACUCUGUCACCACAUGCAAUGCACAAUCAGCCUACCACACCAUACUCCGACUCGCACUCGGCAUCGAACGCAGCACCGUCGCUGGACUUUGGCUUCGGCGAUGACAUGUUUAACGACUCGAGCUACGCCUUUGACAUGGACUUCAACAGUGCAGGCCAGCACAAUGGUCUAGGCAACCUCAGUGGAAACGUCACACCCGGUGGUGACUGGGAUUCGAACCAUGACGACUUCUUCAACUACGCCGCAGCGUCCGACUAA